UCCCCUGGCAGCCCGGCAUAUCCACCUCCCGUACAGUAUUCACUGUCAUCUGUAUCGUUCCUUUACAGUAUCACUUCAGUGUCAAAUAUCAAUAUGUAUAUACUCGUUGUUUGAAUUAAUUCUACAUCUGUAAAUAAUAAUAAUAAUCGAAGAUAAAUCAUCGACGUGUGGCGGCAAUCAGAAGCCAGGGGAACGCGUUCGUGAAGGAGGAGUCAGGUGUCUACAGGAGAGAUAAAGGCGGACGGGGCCCAGCAGUUGCUAAGUGCCGAGGUUUGAAUGACGCUGCUGCUGCUGCUGCCGGGCAACCACUGGCGAGGAACGAUGAGCCAAGUGGGACAACCCGAGGGUGGCGGUGGCGGCGGCGGUGCGUGGCCGGCGCAAGCGGCGCAGCAGGAGCUGCUCGACUCGGUGCUGCGCUCGCUGCUGGUCCUCGAGCCGCCGGGCGACUGGGGCAGCAUCGCUCGGCUCGUGCCCGGCUGCAGCGCCGACGAUUGUGCCCGGCGUUUCGAGGAGCUGAAGAGAAGAAGCGCCGUCCUCUCGCUCGUUCCCAGGGCUCAUCCGGCAGGUGACGAUGGGCCGGACGCGCCGUUCCAGGCUUUGGUCGGGCACAUCAAGGACUUGCUGCUGCUGCGUUGCGCCAUGAAGGCGCAGCCGUCAACCCAGACGGACAGCGUGGCGUGCUGGCCCCCAGAUGUUCCUGCUACAUCUCCUGCCAAAACCGGGCUCCACAAGGAGGAAGAUGCAGCUGAUGUUGCAGAGCCAAAGAAGUCAACGGAAAGUCAGGGGCCCACGAUGGUGAUCCACGUGUGCGACGAGGCGCGCGGCGUGAAGCGAGACUUCAGCUGCCCGCGCCAGCUGCUGGUGCAGGAGAUGCGCUACUUCUCCGAAUACCUCUCCAUGGAGGCCCAGCGCUGGGAGGAUGUGGACAUCUCGGUCCACUGCGACGCGCACAUCUUCGACUGGCUCAUGCGCUAUGUCAAGCGCAACACGCGGCUUGCAGACCGCGGAGAGCAGCCGCAGCUUGAACCAAACAACGUAAUCUCAAUUCUCAUCUCGUCAGAAUUCCUAAAAAUGGACUCUUUGGUGGAGGAGUGCGUGCGGUACUGCCAUGCCCGCAUGGCCGACGUGGUGUCAGCCCCCUCGAACAUGAACUGCAUUGGCGAGGAGCUGGUGAUGCGCAUCGCGGAUUUGUUCACUCACAGCCAGGCCGAGGAGCUCAAGGAUCGCAAGGACAAGUUUAGGAGUAAAAUCUUCUGUAAGAAAAUCGAGCGGCUGUUCGACGCGGAGCACAAGAACCCUGACUCUCCGAGCUCCGCCGCCUCUGUUUACAGGUGCCGGCUCUGUCGGAGGCUGCUGACCAAGGACACGCAGAGCAAGCUGCCGUGCGUGCGCAGCCAGAUGCUCAUCGACCGCCACGGAGAGAUUCUGUAUCGCCAUGUCAGGGAAAGCGGCUGGGACGUGUACGAGUAUCUGUCGGUGCUCCACAAGGAGCUCAAGUCGUGGCGCAACGUCUACUGGCGCCUUUGGGGCACCGUCAACUACCUCACCUGCUCCCGCUGCAAUCAGGUUUUCUUGUGCAAGGAUUUGUCCCAUUGCCUGUACCACACGCACCCGGCCCUCUACGGGGAUGACUGGGUGGCUGGCGCGCCCACUGGCUUAGGGAUCUAUCCCUGCUGCAAGCAGCGCACGCUCCGCUUUGAUCUCUUGCAGCCCAGCAAGGGCUGCAAAGUACGUGACCACGUGGUGUCACGGGCAAGUGGGGGAGGCCCUGGCGAAGCCGGGCCCAGUGCGCGCGUCCACCAGGACCUCCUGCUUCACCGCGACGCUGUGUGCGUGCCUUUCACGCCAUCCGCCAGCAGCGACUGGACCGCCGCGGCCGCCACGGAGGUAAAGAAGCACGAUGUGGAGGGCGCUACCAACGUUGCGGGUUUAAAGAAAGUGGCAGAUGUGUUAAAGGUCCAGGCCCUGCUUUCUGAGGAUGAUGAUUACACGACGGGGUCGGAGGUGACAGAUGAUGAAGUUGGAGACGAGGAGGAGGUGCACAAGAAGAGAGGUAAGAAACAGGCCAAGAAGUCCAUCAAAGCCAGGAAGAAAACCUCUCGCACGCCUCAAAAGAAAAGGUGCCAAGGCAUUCCAUGUGUUUGCUUUUGAAAGAAUGUGUGUGAAGGUAUAGCCCAGAUUUGAUGAAUUCGGAAUUGUUACCAUUUGUUUGAGCUUACGUGUGAAAAAAAAUCUGUUCUUUCAUAGGUAAACCUGUUGAGCCCUUCCCCAUUCAAUGUGUGUGCGCAGCGGAAGAAGUGGGACGUGUGCCGCUCCAUGAGAUACAAUCAGGACACCCAGCGUGAGGAGGACCAGCGCAGGAUGAACGACUUCUGCGCUUACCUCGCCAAGCUCCGCUGCAGUGAAGGCACCGAUCGCGCCAAGACCAAGGAAGUUAAAGAGACAUCCUGCUUAUGAGUGGGCUACGCUGCCGUUCCCAGUACCCGGGUGGGAUCUACAUGAAGCUGGAGGCCCAGUUCCGAGCCUCUCUGCCAUUGUCAAGGCCAGGCGGAUCUUCGCAGCAGGUCGCAAGGUUGAAGGCGCGAAUCACCUCGAUGAGAGGGGCGCAGUUAUGAGGACGAACCGCAGGGGGAGCACGAAGGGAACUCAUCGUAACCAAGUGCAGGUUUUCCGCGGCUGCUCUGUACGGCUGUUCGAUGUGUUUUCGGGUUGUGCCGCACGUUAUUCGGCACAGUGUCCGACGUUUCGCUCCCUGUGCCGAGAGCUUCUUCAGCCCCUCCAAACACAUUGAAGAGCAACCACCAACACUCAGGCCAGACCUCGACUCGCACAGCUCAGCAAUCGCUCACAGCGCCGAUCCCUGCAGCAGUGUGGCAGGAAAACUUCUUUUGAUAAAUACAUACGCAGCUUUUGUCAACGUUUUAAAUACGGAUUUUUGUUUUUACUAUGAUCAAUAUUUAACUAGAGUAUGUGGUACUAGAGGAGCUCUGUAGAGCUCCUUUAGUGGAGGCCCUUCCACCAGCAGUCGCGCAAGUGAGCAAUUGCAGGGCUGCACCUUUACGUUAAAAAAAAUAUGUUUAACGGUUACGGUAUUCUAAAUGGCGUAUUUGGUUAUAAGUAUUUUAAAACCAAGGUUGUAGGAAUGCUGCAGAUACAUGGGUUGUAAAACCAAUUAGAACUAGUUUUGAUAUGGAGAGCUGACCUAUGGACUAAAACUACUGUUAUACAUUGGAAAUAAAGACUGAACUUCUUGUGAAGAUUAUGUAUUGCUGUAUUGGCAGAUGAGAGUACAGUAUGCAUAAACCAAAGCUUUAGUGACUGUUGGUGUAUAAUUUAUUUUACUAGGUGAGGGAUACUGAGCUACGUAGCUCAACGAAGUGGCUUAUCGCAUGGAAAUUUAUAGCAGCCAAAUGCUCUAAACGCAUGUUUCUACAUUUGGAGGGGAAAGCUAGAGGACCCGGAGAAAAAUCCACGCGAGUUUGCAUGCAAACAUUCGAACAUGCAAACUCCAAAUAUACAGGUGUCAGGGUUGGGAUUGAACCCACGACCCCCUGCAUACCAGGCGAGGUAGUUAAUAUCUCGCAAAAUGUAUGGCUUUUGUGUGACCGUUUGGCAAGAGUUCACUGAGCUAGUUGAGUCCUGUUGAGGCCACACACCUCUGGAUAAUGCCUGGGCAUGUAGCGAGAAACCUGGAUUCAUCUAAUACAAUCGAUUAUCAUGCUCAUACAUGCAUCAAAUUGUGCAUGUGAAUCGAUAUGAUGUAUGCAAUAUACUGUAUAUGCAAAUGAUAUGCUGAUGCUCACUAAUGCCCAAUUUGAAGAACAAAACUACAAACAAGAUGGACUAAAUUAAGAACCAAGAGAAAUUAAGUGGUUAAAAUAAGACAAGUUUAAUCGAUUCUCGAAUAUAAUCGUGAUGCCGAGUCGUGACAUUUCAUCAAAUCACUCGCGUGCUGAUGGGUUAAUCAUUAAAUGCCAACCAAUGCCUCGUGUUUUUAAUGCCAAACGACUGGAGUGAAAUAACCUCUAGGUUUGCCCCAACACGUAUUGAUCGCAAUAACUGCUCUGCGACCAUCAGUGGUGCAGCUCUUGUUGAGUCUGCAGGCAGUGCGACUGCGCUGUGGCUCACGGAUGUGCCGAGGCGCUAGUUCUACAAGAAGGGUGGGGAAAGGAAAAAUCGGACGGGGAGGUGGGCCUUUUCAUUCCUUACUAACCACGCCGAACCACUGGGGAAUAGACAAAACGCUAAAUUCAGAUUCCAAAAACACAGGAUGAGAUGUUACUAUCCUUUGUGCAAGCACUUCCAAGAGUUCAUGAACAGUGAGCCUGGUGAAAUUUGUGGAGCGCAUCGUCAGUAGUGAACCUUUGGUUCCUAGGAACAUUUGGUUCCUAAGGCUGUUAACUAUAUUGGAGAGACUGUACACUCGACUAAAGGCCAUGGCAAGCAAAUCAUUACUACUUGGGUAGGUUUUCGCAGCCGUGGUUCAUGGCCCUCUGAUAUGUUACAAGUUGUGCCCCGUGUUCUUGGGCAUGACGUCCAAUGUUUCGGUUCCCGAAGAAGCUCCCAGCACAUAGCGCGAAACGUCGGACAUCAUGUUGAACCACACGUGAUACAACACGUCGGAGAACUUACACGCUCAUCGUCGUUCACAUUUGAACAACGGUAAACUUGGUGAAGACUUCUAAAAAAGGGGGGGGGAUGGUGUGAUAGUGCUGUUGAAGUGUAAUGAGUUGACUUGCUUCAGUGGAAAAAGGAAGAGCCACUUUCCGUUCGCACCCGAUGGUACAAACACACACACACAAGACGCAUGCAGAAAACAUUUUAAAGACUGGAAGUGAGAAAACCCGCAACAGCGCCACCGCCUGGUUAGUGUGUAACAUUGCCAGUGGAAGCGACAUGCAGGCCUGGCGGACCACACAGGCGCUUGCCAAUCUGUCUCAGGGUCCCAUCGGUGAACCACGUCAAAUAUUUCUACGAGAGAAAUGCAUUCGUUCCCUUUCAUGUGUUACAGGCACCAUGUAAUCUAAGUGCUGUAUUGUCACUGCGUCCGGACCUUGUCCCUGUGCAAAACGACCUGCACUCUGUUAACAUUUUUCAAGUUUGCACUCCUGUUUGCUCACCAUAUAUUUUUGACAUUCCUGGAUUGCUACACUUUUUUUUCGAAUGAGACUUAUUUAACUGUUUUUUUGUUUCUACUGUGUUAAAAUUGUUUACGUGAUGUUUUAGAAGUUAUUUGUUAAGGCAAGUGAAAGCAAUUUUUAGUUUUUUUUAUUAUAAAUUAUUCAAUUUCACUGAGCUGAGCGCACCGAGUUAAGCAUUUUGUAAAUGCUUUUAGAAUGAAGCUUUUAGCAAAACAUCACUGGCAUUUACACCCACGUGCAAGGCAUUGUAUUUAACGUUUGUUAUUUUUUAAAAUAAUUUGAAAGCAAUCCAUUGUCAACAAUAAAGUAUAUUAUGCACUGAUUGUAAUUUCACUGUGGUUUGCUGUAUUAAUGGAACAAAAAAUUAAAUCGUGAUAUCAGCGAUG